GGCGAAAAGCCGCGGCCCGAGUGCAGUCUCGAUCCCGCGCCGCACGACACACAAUCGUCCAGCAUGCUUCCCAGAAAGACCGCAUGAUUGCAAUUAGCUUUACAAUCACAAUAAGGACUCUUGCCAGACUUCCAAUUAGGGGGUGCCUUGACCUUAUGACCUAGUCAGCAAGGUUGUGCAAAAAUGGCUCCAGAGUCUCCAGACGCAGUUGACCACCGGACGAGGACCAAGUUCACCAGGCAGCAAUGGGCCACCAUCGUCAUCAUCGGCAGCGUCCACUUUGGAAGCGCCAUUUGCAUCUCGCUUCAGGCGCCCUUUUACCCUCAGGAGGCUGAAUCUAAAGGUGGAACUGCCACGGAAUAUGGACUGGUUUUUGGAAUAUUUGAAUUAACUGCGUUUCUGAGUAGUCCCUUAUUUGGCCAAUUUCUCCCAAUUACUGGAGCGAAAAGAACUUUGAACUGCGGAAUCGUCGUUGCUGCCCUGUGCUCCAUAUUUUUUGGGCUCCUUGACAAUUUCAAGUCGCACGACUGGUUCAUCGGAUUGAGUUUCGCAAUCAGAAUUGUGGAGAGUCUGGGCGCUUCGGCCGCCCUGACUGCGGCCUUCGCAAUCACAGCUGCUGUUUUCCCAGAUUGCGUCGCGACAAUUUUUGCCACACUGGAGGUGUUCUAUGGCGUCGGUUACAUCGCAGGACCGACGAUCGGUGGCUUCUUGUUUGUGGCCGGCGGAUACGUCUUGCCCUUUGUGGUCAUGGGCUCGGUCCUGCUGCUGGUCGGAGUCCUUAUUUACUUUGUGCUGCCCGCCAACGUAGGACAAGAGACGCCAAACAGCAACGAGUCGACCUCGGCCAACACUAAAUGUGGCGUUUUUUCUAUACUGAAAAUUCCUGCAGUCUUGAUUGACUCGAUGUGUAUUGUAUCGGCGUCUUCCAGUAUGGGAUUUUACUCGGCACUUUUAGAGCCACAUUUACGCCAGUUUAAUCUGACCGAAAUUUGGAUGAGUGGGAUGUUUGUGCUGAGCGGAGCAAUGUACGCGAUUUCCGCGCCAAUCAUAGGCUUUUUGUGUGACAGGAACGUUUCUCCAAAACUUUUGAGCCUGAUAGGAUGCGCGGCAGUUUUUGUUGGGUGCCUCCUUGUCGGGCCAGCACCGUUCUUUGGAAUAAAAGCAACUCUGACGCUGGCGAUUGUAGGGUUGGUAAUUCAUGGCACCGGCUUAGCCCUCAUGCUAGUCUCGUGUUUCAUAGACGCGAUCAGAUCUGCUGUAUCAGGUGGAUUCAACAAUGACUUGAGCACCUACGGUCUCAUUUCUGGCCUCUGGGCUUCAAGCUUUUCUUUGGGGGCCUUUGUUGGACCUUCUGUGGCUGGAUUUCUGUUUGACCAAGUUGGCUUUGAAAACGCCACUUAUUAUGUGCUUGGCACUCAAUUGAUUAUGUUUAUAGUGAUGCUGGUUUUCUUGCUCUUCAGAAGAAGGAAGAUGCGAAAAAUGCAAAACCUGUUAAGUUUAGUGAACGACGAGAGCAACGAAUCAAGUUUACUCAUUGACGAUGUGCACGGCAAGGGAAUGCACAUGAAUAUUUUGGAAGCCACAGAGUGGGAGUUGCCAAAAGGCUACGGAUCGAUCUCAACUCAUCCCUUGAGAGGUUUAGAAGUCUACGGUUGACCGAUUUUUAUGCUUUUCAUUUUAAGUUGCAGUGGUAUGCAAUGUUUUGUUCCUGCACUGAAAGUUUGAUGUGUUUCAAAUUUUAUAAGCAUAAUAAUUAUAAUAACCCCGAGGGCAUUUAACUCUGCUGGGCAUUAAAACUCCAGCAAGAUUUAUAAGACCACACAAAUAUUAAGUUAAAGAAAGACGUUCGAGCAGAAAUAAAUUUAAAAGAUUUGUAAAUAAAUAAAAAGAAUAAAGUAUUUAUUUAAAAUUCAUGU